AUGUGAUGUCAUAGCAACAAUGGUGUCGCGUCUUCCAGAAAGUGUCGUCUGCAAUCUCUGCAAUGGUCUGCGAUGCUGAAAUACACACUGAUACAGACUGAUACACGACCGUCUUGCGUAUCUCGUAGUCAUGCUAAAAUUUCUGCUGGUCGCUAAUGCAGAUCAGAGACUACGGUAUGCGUAUUAUUUUGACCAUGUUCCUAAGGAAGAGAGACAGGAACUAUCAAAUGCUCUAAUCGCCAAAUGUUCCUCGAGGAGUCAGUCAAGUUGCUCUUUUAUAAACCACAAGGAGUUCAAUGUUGUGUACAGGAAGUUCGGACCUUUGCUCUUCAUUGUAGGGACUGAUGGAAAAGAGAACAAUUUGGCUGUCUACGAAUUCAUCCGGGCUUUCGUCGACGUCCUCGAUACAUAUUUCACAGGCAUGACUGAAAGACAUAUAAUCGCAAACCACCACAAAGUUCAUUUCAUCCUGCAGCAGAUGGUCAGCAAUGGAAGCAUUGUGGAAACCAACAUAAAAAAUGUUCUCGCUCCAAUCAGGGCAUACGACAGUGCAUGACUGGGCGUAUUUUUUAUAUCAGUUGUUUAAGGCAUCUCAUUUUGCAACAAAAACGAAUUAAAAAAUAAAUGAAUCACUGAA